AUGUUUCACAAGAACGGAUACGUUGAGGAAGCAAAAAGACAUAACACGGCUAUGGAGGCCCUUACAGCUGAAAGAGAGAAGUACCUUUUAGAGAUCACUAAUAGGAGGAACAAACUAGCCCAGCUGAAGGCGGAACAGGCUGACGCAGAUAGGGAUAUAAAGUCAACGAAUCAGUCAUUGGAGCUAGUCAGGAGAAUCAAUGAGUUAACACGUAAGUCCCCACCAAGGAAGACGCAACUAGGUAAUCAGUACAAACCUAGCUCAGAUAUGGAAGAAUACAUGGCACUCUUUGGUUUACUUGCAGGAGGAGCAAUAGGGGGGAUCACCUACCUGUUACUCUAG